AGAAAGAAAGAAAAAUAGAAAAUUCGGUCGCCUUUUAAAAAUCAAAAUCCGGAUUCGUUUUUUUUUUUCUCAAUUUCACCAGAUCUGGUUUCCCUCAAUUUUCAUUUGUCGAUCCCAAAACAAACAGCAAACCCUAAAAAGACCGAAAAGAGCAAAAAGAAAAUAAAGAAAGCUAUGUUCAGAUUCGAAUUUGAAAAGAUCAGGAAACGAAUUUGAUUUAAUACAGGGAAAUUUUUUUAGUUUGUUCCUUUUUCUCGUUCUGUUUUUUUUUUUUAAAAAAAACAUUUCCCGUUAUGGCCGACGCUCUCUCCGUGAUUCCCGCUUCCGUUCUCCGUAAUCUCUCCGACAAGCUGUACGAGAAGCGAAAGAAUGCGGCUCUUGAGGUUGAAGGAAUUGUGAAGCAGCUGGCGUCGUCGGGAGAUCACGAGAAGAUAUCGGCGGUGAUCAAUUUGUUGACAACGGAAUUUACCUAUUCGCCACAAGCAAAUCAUCGUAAGGGAGGAUUGAUAGGUUUAGCUGCUGCCACUGUUGGGUUGACUUCUGAAGCUGCCCAACAUCUUGAGCAAAUUGUUCCGCCUGUGCUUAAUUCUUUUUCUGACCAAGAUAGCAGAGUUCGUUAUUAUGCUUGCGAAGCUCUAUAUAACAUUGCAAAGGUUGUCAGAGGAGAUUUUAUCAUAUUCUUUAAUCAGAUCUUUGACGCUUUAUGCAAGCUAUCGGCUGAUUCAGAUGCCAAUGUACAGAGUGCUGCUCACCUUUUAGAUAGGCUUGUGAAGGACAUUGUUACUGAAAGUGACCAGUUCAGUAUUGAAGAAUUCAUACCAUUGUUGAGAGAGCGCAUGAAUGUCCUGAAUCCCUACGUCCGUCAGUUUUUGGUUGGAUGGAUAACUGUACUGGAUAGUGUUCCAGAUAUUGACAUGUUGGGUUUUCUCCCUGAUUUUCUUGAUGGUUUGUUUAAUAUGUUAAGUGAUUCUAGUCAUGAAAUACGACAACAAGCUGAUUCAGCACUUUCAGAGUUUCUCCAAGAGAUCAAGAACUCCCCAUCUGUAGAUUAUGGUCGCAUGGCUGAAAUACUGGUGCAGAGGGCAGCUUCUCCUGAUGAAUUCACUCGGUUAACAGCUAUCACAUGGAUAAAUGAGUUUGUAAAACUUGGUGGAGAUCAGCUUGUUCCUUAUUACGCUGACAUACUGGGAGCCAUUCUCCCCUGCAUAUCUGAUAAAGAAGAGAAAAUUAGAGUUGUUGCUCGUGAAACCAAUGAGGAGCUUCGUGCAAUCAAGGCUGAUCCAGCAGAAGCAUUUGAUGUGGGAGCCAUUCUCUCCAUUGCGAGGAGGCAACUGCUUAGUGAGUGGGAGGCCACUAGAAUUGAAGCAUUGCACUGGAUAUCAACCCUUUUAAACAGACAUCGUGCUGAGGUCUUGUGUUUUCUAAAUGACAUAUUUGACACCCUUUUGAAAGCUCUAUCUGACUCUUCUGAUGAGGUGGUGCUUCUUGUUCUUGACAUUCAUGCAUGCAUAGCACAAGAUCCCCUACACUUCCGCCAGCUUGUUGUUUUUCUGGUGCAUAAUUUCCGGGUUGAUCAUUCUCUUCUAGAGAGGCGUGGUGCUUUGAUAAUCCGUAGACUUUGUGUUCUCUUGGAUGCUGAAAGGGUCUACCGUGAGCUAUCCACCAUACUUGAGGGAGAAGCAGACUUAGAUUUUGCCUGCAUUAUGGUUCAGGCUUUGAAUUUAAUUCUACUCACUUCUGCUGAGCUAUCCGAGCUUAGGGAACUUUUGAAAAAGUCACUGGUUAAUGCUGCUGGAAAAGAUUUAUUUGUUUCUUUGUAUGCUUCAUGGUGCCAUUCACCCAUGGCAAUCAUAAGUCUUUGUUUAUUAGCUCAGACGUACCAGCAUGCAAGUGCUGUGAUUCAGUCCCUGGUCGAGGAAGAUAUUAAUGUCAAAUUCUUGGUCCAGCUUGAUAAAUUGGUUCGCUUGCUCGAGACACCAAUCUUCGCUUAUCUUAGAUUGCAGCUUCUUGAACCCGGAAGAUAUAUAUGGUUGUUGAAACUAUUAUAUGGUCUUCUAAUGCUACUUCCACAGCAAAGUGCUGCAUUCAAGAUACUGCAAACUCGUUUAAAAACCGUGCCAUCAUACUCCUUCAAUGGUGAUCAACUCAAACGAACAUCAUCAGGGAACCCAUACACCCAAAUUUUACAUCACAGUGGAUCUCAAAUCACUGAGGAUGGUGAUAUAAGCCAAGAUAAUGGGAAUUUACAGAAUGGAAUUAACUUUGCUUUGAGGCUGCAACAGUUUGAGCAAAUGCAGCAACAACACCGUUUGCUUGCAAAAUCACAAGCACAACUACGAAACAGUUCCAGUUCAUUAUCAAAGGAAGGACAAAAAGCACUAACUCGGCGACCUCCUACAUCAGACACAAGCAGGCCUCCUUCAAGAUCAUCUAGGAAAGGCCCGGGGCAGUUGCAACUUUAAUUCUCGUUGCCAGUUGGUAGUUGAAGGUCAAUUAUACUACGAUCUCAAAGGGUGAGAUGUGGUAUAGUUUGUAAAAUUGUAUAUCAUAGUAGUUUGUUUUAUUAAGCUUAAUGGGAGUUGGGAUGGUGAAAAAUUGGGAUUUGAAUAUAAGCUUGGGGGUUUUCCAAGCUAUUCAUUUUUCCUUUGUAAACAGGAAAACCACAUGUGGUUCUGUUAUUUUUUAUUGAAAACCACAUGGAUUAGAGGGAGAUAAUUAUUCUAGAAAAUGCAGUUUGUUUUUUUUUUAUAAAUCCGUUCAUGUCUCAUAGCGAUCUUACUAAAUAAGGGAAUCGCUAAUUCAUGUACAAAUACAUCUUUGGUGAAAUUAUGCAUCUACUCUUUUAUUCCAUGCAUAAUUGAUUCUA